CGACUUAUUUUCGGAUGACAAUUUCGUAAUUUUUUGGGCGAUGAAAAAUCAUUUUCUUUGGAUUUUGAAGGCUACAGAUCACGGAUUCGCCCUGAGGCUAUUCUUCAACUAUAAUUAAGUCCAUUAAGCACCAAUUUGGAAGGAUUUAUUCCGGUUCAAUUUUUGGCAGAUUCCAAAUGGGGUAUCAUCACAGAUUUCAGGCGAUUUUUCCGAAAUGUCAUUUUAUUUCGAUUUUUAAGUCUACAGAUCAUGGAAUCAGGCCGAGACUAUUCUCCACCGGUAAUGAGUUUAUUGAUCAUAUUCUCCACGGAUGAUAAGUCAAUUAAACACCAAUUUGGGCCAAUUUAUUUUGGUAUGGCUAUUUCCUAAUUUUUUGGGGGGACAAAAUGCCAUUUUCUUUGGAUUUUGAAGGCUAGAGAUCACGGAUUCUGCCUGAGGUUAUUCUACAACGAUGAUUAAGUUCAUUAAGCACCGAUUUGGACGGAUUUCUUCCUGUUCAAUUUUUGGCAGAUUCCAUUGGGGUACCAGCACAGAUUUCAGACUAUUUUUACGAAAUGUCAUUUUCUUUAGAUUUUGGAAGCUACAGAUCAUGAAAUAAGGUCGAGGCUAUGCUCCUAUUUAAUACCAUAUGGUAAGAAAGCGUACCAUGAUGGUAUGAACAUACCAAUAUGGUAGGAAGGUUGAAUACAUGAUAGUAAGAGUAUACUAACUGUCAUUUACGACUUUCAUCAUUGUUUACCACAAGUUACCACCCACAUACCAUAGUGGUAAAGUAUGAUAAUUUUUUGCCCUGUAUUUUUUCACCCAUAAAUUUGUAGAUUCAAUAGAUCAUGAUGAACUCGUUCCUUCUGAGCAAACGUUUUUAAAAACGACUUAAAAAUGAAGAAGUUAUCAUAUGGUAUGUAGUUGGUAAUUGGAGGUAUGAAAAAAGUUUCUUGAAAUAUAUUAAAAAUUGAUCUCAUUUUGUAGAGCAGAAUGAACUCGUUCCAUCUGUGCAUUGAAAAAUUGAAAUUCCAGUUUGAACGAAGAAGAUAAGAGCCGAUUCAGAAAACUAGGAAAAAUAAAAUGUCUUUAAUUCACAACUUUUAAAUCUGAAUUUUCUGACCCCACUUAGAUCUAAAUGUCUAGAUUUAAUUAUUUAUAGGUCAGUAACCAAUAGUUACUGACAGUAUUCCAAGCCGGAAUACAUUACAUUAAUGUUUUCAAUUUUUUGUUUACAUUUACCAAAGAGUUCAUUUAAGUUUUAUAUUUUCUUAUAGUAAUUUUAAACAGUACCAAUUUAGUUUCUAAUUUUUGAGUUCGUAUGUUAUAUCAAUUUAAUACAAUAGAAUUUAUUUUUUCAUAUAAUUUAAUAGUUUAUUCACAAAAUUGAUCUUUUAUCGAUAGUAAACGGAAAAAAAUUCGAUCCCCCGAACUUCAAAUCCUAGCUCUGCAAUGUGAAUAUCCUUAUUUAUUUGCGAGGCCGAAAAAGAAAGCGGUCCACUCUUUCAUCAAACUUCCACCAAUAUUGGGAAAUCUUUUCUUCCAACCAUUUUAAGAAAUUUGAACUAACUAAUCCGGCGUGUAUUUGUCCUCAUCUCAAUAUCUUAUCUGCCUCCUGAUUCAACCCGUGUGGGUAGGCUGGCCCAUGCUUUGGGGAAAAUCCUUCUGGUUUGGUUGGUUAGUUUGUUUGGAUCAUGAUUACGAUUACGACCCUAUGGGCUAUGUCGCUAUGAUGAUGAUUUUGAUAUUGCUGUUUGUUAUCAUGAUCCCCGGCACACUCUCGUUCACUAUACACUUCCCCAAAACGGUAUGUUUGUUACGACCCUAGGUUGCAAAAAGGGAGAAAUUUGGGCUAAUGUGUAGGAAACGGGGCAAAAAGGGAGUUCGCAGCUGGAAAAGCCAAGAUCGCAGCCUUCGGUGCCAAGACAACGACCAUGAAAAGAGGUCAUGAACUAGAGCACCAAGAUCUCAACAUUGACGCCAAAGAUCGCGGUCGCGAACUAUGGAGCUUCGGGCCAGAAUUUGGAGAUGUAGCCGUCAAGGAAGGAACAUAAAGUACUGAUAGUCGACUCACGACUCUUUUUCAUCCGAGCCUGCGAGAAAGAUCGCGGCCACGACUCACAGAUCGCAAUCGUGAAGUCAAGCUGCGAUUUCCAAAAUCAAACAAAACUAAAGUUGCCGACUCUCAAGAUUGCAACGUCUCCCUCAAAGAUCGUGGCUGUGAUCCAUAACUUUCAGUGCCAAGAUCGCGAGCAUGAUCUUUGGGGUAGUGGCUAAGAUCUUGAGGAUUAUGAAAAUUCAAGGACGCGGGCAAGUGGGGCUAGGGGCAUAAGUUCCGUGAUUAUGGAAAUUAGCCUAUCAUUUUGUUCUUCAGGACCAAAUUCUGUGCCAGAAGCCGCGAUCGGGAUCGGUUAGCUUGACUACCCCUAAAGGGGUAGUGAUUUUUGACACCCCCUUUAUGAUUGGCCAAUUUUAUUUCCAAUCAUUGGCAAGUAUUAAUUAAACUGGUUUUUUUAUUUUUUUUAAUCUUGUAAUUUGGGGUCUCUCACCACAUUGGAAAAGAGAAAGAAUCUGGGGAAAAACGAAAUCACCCCCAUUAAUUACAUAAUUAAUUUCUCUCACUGGUACAUUAAUUACACGUACCACUCCACUGGUGCGAGCAAUCCACAAGGUAGGUUAGAGUGAGAACAGUACCAGUGCAAUGAUAUUUUUCAUAACAAUGAUAAACAAUAACGGAGCAACAAUGCAGUACCACUUCAAUGAUACAAAUACCACUCCACUGGUACACGUACCACUCUACUGGUACACGUACCACUCCACUGGUGCGAGCAAUCCACAAGGUAGGUCAGAGGCGAUCCCAGGAUGGCGGCAGCUGGAGAUAGGAGGAUGGUGGUGGGGGAAGGCGCUGGAGGGUUUUGGUCGUUUCAGAGUAGAGGAGUGUUCUGGUUAAAAUGAAAUCAAAAUGGAAAGAGGGCCCAAAUGGAGAGAGAAGGAGACGAAAGGAAGAAAAAAAGGGCAAUUAAUUGCACAUUUGGGGUGGAGCUUUUUUCUGAUUCCCCAUAUUCUUUCCCUUUCCAAUGUGGGUGAGAGACCCCAAAUUACAAGAUUAAAAAAAAUAAAAAACCAGUUUAAUUAAUAUUUGCCAAUGAUUGGAAAUAAAAUUGGCCAAUCAUAAAGGGGGUGUCGAAAAUCACUACCCCUUUAGGGGUUAGCAUAGUAUCCGACCCCGCCGCGAUCUGCUAAAUAUGCACAGAAACAUUCGACUGAAUUCUCUGCUGAAAAGCAACCCGUAAUUAAUUAAUAAAAUUAAAAUAAAUGAAACAACAAUAAUUAACACUUUUGCAGUGGCGAAUAUCCCCAGAAAUACGGCGAGAAGGAGACCGAAACAAACAAACAAGAAACGGGAAAUCCGACCGCAAAGGCGCACAAAAGGGUGAUCAUCAAAAAAUGAAUAUUAAAAAAAAAAAAAAAUAGAAGCAAAAUAGGGCCCCCCGUUUUCUUCUCCCUUUGCCCUUAUCCCGCGGCCAAAUGACACUUCACCACCACUUUGCCGGAAAAAAAAAAAGAAUUAAUAAGGCAAUACCAUAAAACAAAGGACAAAAAAUUCAAGAAAUGGAAAUGAGGUCACACGCAAUACUCCGAAAGAGCUGGUAGAGGUAUUUUAAUGGAGGUUGGAGUUAGAUUUGGGAGUUCCGCAGCUGCGUGAGAGAGAAUUUUUGGUUCCGGUGAGAGCUUUUGUUGUUGCUGCGGCCUACGGGCGGUUUACCUAACAUAUUCCUCCCAUCCAGAAAGAGAGAGAGAUAGUGAGUGCGAGAGAAAGAGAGAGGAGAAGCGGUGCGGGUGAGUGUCUGUGCCUGUCUCGGCAAUGGGGAAUUCGUUCGGUUGCUCCGCCUCCGGCGAGAGGCUGGUGUCGGCGGCGAGGGACGGCGAUUUGGUCGAGGCCAAGAUGCUCUUGGAUUGCAACCCUUGCCUCGCCAAGUACUCCACCUUCGGCGGCCUCAACUCUCCGCUCCAUUUCGCCGCAGCUAAAGGCCACAACGAGAUUGUAGCGUUGCUGCUGGAUAAUGGCGCGGACGUCAACUCGAGGAAUUAUUGUGGCCAGACGGCAUUGAUGCAAGCUUGUAGAUAUGGACACUGGGAAGUUGUACAAACUCUUCUUCUUUUCCGUUGCAAUGUUACGCGAGCAGAUUAUCUCAGUGGGAGGACUGCCCUUCAUUUCGCAGCUGUAAACGGUCAUGCAAGAUGUCUGAGGCUAGUUGUUGCCGAUUUCGUUCCUAGUGCUCCUUUUGUUCUUGCUCAUGAUCGGGCAGAAAAUCAUGCAGGGGAGUGUGCUACUGUAAAGACAAGUGCACUGUCCAAGUUUGUAAAUAAGGCGGCGGAUGGUGGUAUAACUGCUCUUCACAUGGCUGCAUUGCACGGCUAUUUCGAUUGUGUACAGCUUCUACUUGACCUUCAUGCAAAUGUUUCGGCUGUCACAUUUCAUUACGGAACAACGAUGGAUUUAAUUGGAGCUGGGAGUACACCUUUGCAUUAUGCUGCUUGCGGGGGCAACUUAAAGUGCUGUCAGAUCCUUCUAGCAAGAGGUGCAAGUCGAAUUUCACUGAACUGCAAUGGGUGGCUGCCUGUCGAUGUGGCUAGGAUGUGGGGCCGUCAUUGGCUUGAACCAUUGCUGACACCAAAUUCUGAUUCUAUCAUCCCAAGAUUCCCUCAGUCGUGUUACUUAUCCUUGCCCCUUUUGAGUGUGCUUAAUAUAGCAAGAGAGUUUGGGAUGCAAUACGCGACAUCCUCUAAUGAUCCAGACGUUUGUGCUGUCUGCCUGGAGAGACACUGUAAUGUGGCUGCUGAAGGUUGUGGGCAUGAGCUUUGUGUGAGAUGUGCACUUUACCUGUGCUCAACUAGCAACAUGCCAACAGAAACAGCUGGCCCACCUGGGUCCGUCCCUUGCCCACUCUGCAGAAAUGGGAUCGUCUCAUUCAUCAAAUUAGCAGGCUCCCCAGCAAAAGAACUGAAGCAGGUUUCCAUGUCACUCGGCCUGUGCACCCCUUGCAUGCUUCACCCUCGCGACGACCAGCGAGCAGCUUGUGUGCCCGAGAUUCGUAAGAACCGGGUUGCUGCAGUGGUAUCUUCAGAAUACCUCUGCCCAGUCACCUGCAGCCCAUUUCCAUCGGUGGCCAUGCCAUUAUGCACCUGCAAUGAUGGUCCUUGCCCUCCUUUCGAAGCCGAAUCGUCCUGCGAAUCAACAUCCGAAUCAUCCCCACGUGGCUCGCACGCAGCAGCACCCAGUGGGGACCAGGACAAACUGGAAGGGACGAGACUGGAGAAGACGACGUCGUGUUCGAGCAUGUUUUGGAGCAGAAGAAGCUGCAGCCGCGAGCAUCAGUGCAACUCCGAAAUAAAUGCCUGACACCAUAAGAAGAUAUACUCAUCUCAUUAAUUUUGGCGGGGGGUUGGCAGAGGGAGUUUUUGUGAAGAUGAAGGUAAUCUGCUCUGUUGCCUCUCCCAAACUUUGCUACUGCAAGUUUCGGUUUAAUAUAUUGUUUCGCGGGGAAGAGGCUUGGGGGUGGUUUAAGGUCUGGAGAAACGGUUUUCUUUAGGAGAGCUGGUAUAUGUAAUUCUUCGAUUGGACGAAAACUGUGAUUUUAGGGUUGCAGACCUUUCCCCAUCCCUUGUGUCCCUCCUCCAUCCACCUAUUAUGUUCAAAAUUUUCUGGUUCUUGGCUUGGACAGGUAGGAAACUGGUUUAGGGAAUGAGCAAAUAUUGGGUGAUCUGUUUUUGUUUCUCUUAUCAUUUUAGGUGGACAUUAUAUGUACCUAUACGUUAUGUAAUUUAAUUGCAACCAAACCAACCGCAUGUAGCUGUUGAACUAGAUGUAAAUGUGUUAUCUUUCUUAUGUACGAAGCUGAGAGUACGAACCGGUUUCAACAUUCGAACUGUAAUCUGGCUUAUGGAUUGUGGAACAUACAUUGUAAUCAUAAGCAGAGAGAUGGCAAAUGGGUUGUUGCAGGUUACAUAAUUUGAAGCCAUAGUUGAGGGAGUUUUAUCUGGUGCAAACAGAUCCCAUCUAGUGUGUUAAUUGGAAGUUUAGCCAUGGCUCAUGGCUGAGACUUUGAGAGCAAUGUGUCGUGAAAGCUUUACUGGGCGGGAUGGAGUUCGUUCACAGAAGAAACAUUAGCCUCGGAUUUUACUCUUCGACAAGUUGAUAUAUUUGCUCCGAGUUUGAUAAUGUUUGGGCUUUUCAGGCUCGGAUUGGGCCCCAAUAAUUGGAUCUGAAUGGAGUUGGUAGGUGGGGGCUCUAUAUGGCAGAACCGAGAACAUUGGCCCAAUGGAAGACAAUUAGGUUAGGAUUUUCGAGAAUGAGAAAGGCAGGCGCAUUGGAAGAAGACAAAUUGCUGCAUGGACGUGCGUGCAUAUCUAGGUUAGCUUUACGGUUUGGUCCAGUAAACUACAGUUUGGACCAAACCAGACAAAAAAAUCAAAACAUCAUAUAAUACGGAUCAUGGAUCGGACCAGACCGGACCAUUUUUAACGGUCUACAAUCUGGUUUGGUUUCUGAUUUUUCAGACGGUCUGGUCUAUUUUCUCUACCUUGCUUUGUGGUAGUUCAUGAUUUUUUUUUUUGUCAAAUAGUGAAAUUGAAAUACCAUAUUUUGAGCUCUUUUUAACUAUUACCUUCUACUGAUGCGGCUUGCAUAUGUGAGAUACAUGAAUCCAUGAUGCAAGAUUCAUAUGUUUUUGCAUAUAUAUGUGGGAUAGAAAACGGACCCAUCCACCACCCAUUAUAUAUAUUUGUAGGCUGUAGCUAGCUUUCCGGCAGCCUGCCACUUUGGGGAAAACGAAAAUCACAUGGCCCUAAAAGUGUACGUUGCUUCCAAACAAACAGUACUACUACUACCCUGUAAAUACUCCGUUUAAUACACAUAUAUAUAUAUCCGUACGCGUACUUUAUCCGUUUAAAACUUUCGUAUUCGUAUUAUUGUCAAACCGUUUCAAUGUUUCAUUUUUGCAUCUGUUCAUUUGAUGGCUCCUAUAACACGUUUAAUAUUCGUAUUUAAUGAAUGAAAUUAUAAACU